AUGGGCAAGCCGCAAACCAACGUGCCCGGCAAGAAGGAGAAGAAGGAGAAGCCUCCGAUAAGUCCCUUUUGGGUUUAUAUGCUCAUCUUCGUCGUCUGCGGUGGGGUCCUCUUCGAGCUCGUACGAAUGAUUGUCGGUGCCGGAUCGUCGUUCUUCUAA